UGAUGCUCUGUGUGUAAGAAGAGCUUGCUGGGAAACAUAUUCCAUGUGCAAAGUCUGCCUCUGGGCCUGGGGCAGUCUUGAGCAGUAUAUAAGCCAGCCCAGUAUGGGCUCUCCCUCAUCCACUUCUCUUGCCUUCUCCUUGGUGAACGAGGUCCACCUCCAUCCCACAGCCAUGUCCUGCUAUGAUCUGUGCCGUCCCUGUGGGCCAACCCCACUGGCCAACAGCUGCAACGAGCCCUGUGUCAGGCAGUGCCAGGACUCCCGUGUGGUGAUCCAGCCCUCUCCUGUGGUGGUGACCCUGCCUGGACCCAUCCUCAGCUCCUUCCCCCAGAACACCACUGUGGGAUCCUCCACCUCUGCUGCUGUUGGCAGCAUCCUGAGUGAGGCAGGAGUGCCCAUCAACUCUGGGGGCUUCAGCCUCUCUGGUCUUGGUGGCCGCUACUGUGGCAGAAGGUGCCUGCCCUGCUAAAGCCAGGUUGGAUGUCUCCAGUGUGUGGACCAGGAGGCUCAAAGCCAGGUGCUGGACUGAGGACAUUGCUGCUGGCCAGAGUUCCCAGAUGGGUUGAGCAUCCUUGUUCCCUCCUGCAAAGGGAAGGAAUCAAGGUGCCAGCCUGUGGUGUCUGGAAUCACAGCCAGCUGAUGUCUUCUUCUUCUCCUGCUUUCUUCUCCAUAUCAUGAGUCCCUGUUGCCUCCUGUUGUCCUGUGCCACAAAUUCAUCCUGAAGCAAGCACAGAGGGUUGCUGCUCAUUGCCUUCUCCCCAUGUGUGUCAUAUGAAGAUGCUUGUCCUGUUGCUGUGAAGAGGCGCCUGAGUGUCAGGUGCCUUUGUAGCAGCCUGGACGUUGUCUCUUCUGCACUGCUUUGUUUCUCUCUUUUUAAUCAUUAAAGUUUAUGCUGCAUUGUAA